UUGAAUCUCCCUAGAAGAAGCCAUCCAUUCUCCCAGAGCGCCCCGACAGGACUGAACCACAUGGGCUGGCCAGAGGCCAUACCUGACAUUGCCCUCCCUGAUGGAGCUCUGGACACGGCGCUCCGUGCGGACGAGGCGGGCAGUGAGGAGGACCUGUACGAGGACGUGCACAGCUCCAGCCACCACUACAGCCACCCUGGAGGGGGCGGCGAGCAGCUGGCCAUCAACGAGCUCAUCAGCGAUGGCAGUGUGGUCUGUGCUGAGGCACUCUGGGACCAUGUCACCAUGGAUGACCAGGAACUGGGCUUCAACGCCGGGGACGUCAUCGAAGUAAUGGAUGCCACCAACAGAGAGUGGUGGUGGGGCCGGGUCGCUGACGGCGAGGGCUGGUUUCCAGCAAGCUUUGUGCGGCUGCGGGUGAACCAGGACGAGCCCGUGGACGACGAGGGGCUGGGGACCGGGCACGGCGGGGCCGGGGACGGCGGGGCCGAGGCGCAGAGCAGCAAGGACCAGAUGCGGACCAACGUCAUCAACGAGAUCCUCAGCACCGAGCGGGACUACAUCAAGCACCUGCGCGACAUCUGCGAGGGCUACCUCAGGCAGUGUCGCAAGCGCGUGGACAUGUUCAGCGAGGAGCAGCUGCGAACCAUCUUCGGGAACAUCGAGGACAUCUACCGGUGCCAGAAGGCCUUCGUGAGGGCGCUGGAGCAGAAGUUCAACCGGGAGCGGCCGCACCUGAGCGAGCUGGGCGCCUGCUUCCUGGAGCACCAAGCGGAUUUCCAGAUCUACUCAGAGUACUGCAACAACCACCCCAACGCCUGCGUGGAGCUCUCGCGCCUCGCCAAGCUCAGCAAGUACGUGUACUUCUUCGAGGCCUGCCGGCUGCUGCAGAAGAUGAUCGACAUCUCCCUGGACGGCUUCCUGCUGACACCUGUGCAGAAGAUCUGCAAGUACCCUCUGCAGCUGGCUGAGCUGCUCAAGUACACGCACCCCCAGCACAGGGAUUUCAAGGACGUGGAAGCUGCCUUACAUGCCAUGAAGAAUGUGGCCCAGCUCAUCAACGAACGGAAACGGAGACUUGAAAACAUCGACAAGAUCGCUCAGUGGCAGAGCUCCAUAGAGGACUGGGAGGGAGAAGAUCUCCUGGUCAGGAGCUCGGAACUCAUCCACUCGGGGGAGCUGACUCGUGUCACACAGCCACAAGCCAAGAGCCAGCAGAGGAUGUUUGUUCUCUUUGACCACCAGCUCAUCUACUGUAAGAAGGACCUUCUCCGCCGGGACGUGCUCUACUACAAGGGCCGACUGGACAUGGAUGGCCUGGAGGUGGUGGACCUGGAGGAUGGCAAGGACAGGGAGCUCCACGUGAGCGUCAGGAACGCCUUCCGGCUGCGCUGCGGCCCCUCGGGGGAGAGCCACCUGCUGUGUGCCAAGAAGCCCGAGCAGAAGCAGCGCUGGCUCAAGGCCUUCGCCAGGGAGCGGGAGCAGGUGCGGCUGGACCAGGAGACAGGCUUCUCCAUCACCCAGCUACAGAGGAAGCAGGCCAUGCUGAACGCCAGCAAGCAGCAGGCUGUCGGGAAGCCCAAAGCCCUCAGCCGGCCCUACUACCUGACACGCCAGAAGCACCCGGCCCUGCCCACCAGCCUGCCCCAGCAACAGGUCCUGGUGCUGGCAGAGCCCGCGGAAGCCGUCCACCUUCUGGCACAGCAUCAGCCGGCUGGCGCCCUUCCGCAAGUGAGCCCACGCCCCGCCGAUGGCACCAUCUGGACCUGCCCCGGGCGGGCCUCCAGCUUUUCCUCCCCGAGGCUCACCACAUCCGGCCUUCCUCUGCCUGUUAUGCAAACUGGAGGUGGGAGGUGCUCAGUGCCCCCAUUCCCGGUUUCCUCCCCACUACUGGGGCGCUGGAGACGCUGGCUGGAGAGGCAGGCCCCCAGCACGUGAACCUCCCGCCACCCUCUCAGCUUGUGCGGGGCCUCCUGGGAGCCACAGCUCAGAAGCACCCACCAGGCCAGCACGUAUGAGAAUGCCGCUUUGGACCCUCUUCUCUGGACAUCUAAUCAUCGCUCCUGCUCCUGUCUUCUCUGGGCAGGAGACGUCUCUGCCUUCGGCCACCUGCAGAGCCAGGCUGUGUACCCCUCUGCCCUCCUGUUCUCCGUGCAGGCCCCCAGCUGGUGGACCAGGCAGCCUGCGUCCCUGGUGGGUGGGAACCAGGAAUUCUGCCCACAAAAACAUCUGGCCCAGAGCCCACCCGUUUUCGCUUCCCAGUCCCCCUCUAGACACUCCUGGCUGCUGGACACCCUCUCUUCACUUGUGAUGUGUUUGUGUAUAGUGGAAAGAAAACCAUAGUCAGCUGAAAACUUCUGUCAGGGUUUGUGAGCAGUCCACCUGUAGCUGUGGGGUGAUUCCAGAACCUGGUUCCAGUAUUUUUUGUUCAGAUUUUGUUUUUCUAACAGUAGAGAAGAAUUGUUAGUGACACAGAAAGAUUGCCUUACCCUAAGUGAGUGUGAGAAGCCAUAAGGACUGAAUUCUGUGGCCCAUCACCCAGGACUGACCCACCCAGAGGCUGGUGGGCAUGUGGGUUGGAAGGAAGCCCACAUCCCACAGAGGAGGGGCACCAAUGAGUGUGGCCAGGGCCUGGCUUGGGGCAUGGAGCCGCCCCUGUGGCCCAUGGGAAUUCAGCAGCAUGUACAGUCUCACUCUUGCACUAUGCCUUCUCCAAGCCAGAA